ACUUUGAAAUUUAAUUAUGCACGACCUCGACAAAGGGCAACCUCCGCGAUGGUUUCCGUCCUGGCAAACAACGGCCAAGGUGGGAGAAACGCUCUCGCUUUCUAGCCGAUUUCCGACUUGCGAGUUCUGCCCCGUGGCAGUCUUCACCAGUGACUCGACCAAGCUGGAUGCUCCUGUUCAACCUGUUUCCCAUCAAACAGGCCAUCUCUUCCCGCCUCGUUCCUGCGAUUCGCUCUACGAUCCUCGCAAUUCACGUCGAAGCUUCUCGCUUGCGAACCGUGAAAUAACAUUCUGAAGCUCCGGGAUACCGUCAGACGAAUCGCUGUUCAGCGACAGGGAGCUAAGUAGGAUUCUCUCAGCCGCAUCCCUCGCAGUGGAAAGAGCAAAUCGAAAGGACCAAGAGUCUUCCCUCAGAUAGAGCUGGUUCUCGGGAACUGAGGCCUGCCAGCGGCAACAUGGAGUCGCAGAAGAGACAGGGUACCGAUCACACCGCAGCGAAGAAGAUAGCGGAGGGACUGCAGUUAGGUGCUUACGUGUUGAAAGCGGAUUUCGAUGAUGACGACGAGUUCUUCAAGGAAAUAGCGAUGAAAGAACUGCGCGAGACGCCGGAGGUUGUUGAACAGGCGCUCAAGGAUAUCAAGGAGAUGCUGAAAGGUGAGCCUGACUUGCUCCUGCCGGAUGGCGACGAGAUUUACCAGAAGUUCCUGCGACCUUGCAAAUGGUACCCGAAGAGCGCUUUCGAACUGAUGAAGAGGUUCUACAAAUACAAGCAGAACAACCCACGCUACUGCGAUAAACUAUUGCCCAGCACCGAGAAGAAGGUAUUGUCCUCGGGAAUAGUGAUACCGUUACCAGAACGCAACGCAAGCGGCUGCAGAAUCGUUGUGGUCAACUGUGGGAAGCAGUGGAACACGAAACUGAUUAGCGUGGAUGAAAUAUACCGAGCAGUCAUGCUAUCGUUGUUCGCGGCCAUAGCUGAGCCGAAGUCCCAGAUUGGCGGCGUGCACGUAAUUUUAAAUAUGGCGGGCCUGACGUUGGGCCACGUUACACAAUUCACCCCGACUUUCGCUGCGAAGGUGACGGAAUGGGUGCAGAAAUGUUUACCCUGUCGUAUUAAGGGUAUCCAUAUAGUGAACCAACCCUUCAUAUUCAACAUGGUGUUCGCUCUCUUCAAACCCUUCCUCGUGGAGAAGAUGCGUAACAGGAUUCACUUCCAUGGCACGAAUAGAGAAUCCUUGAUCGCGUACACUGGCGCGAAGGCUACGCCUGUGGAGUUCGGUGGAAAUAUGGAGUUGCCAGAUGAACCGUUAGGCCCAAAGAUCGCCGAAUAUUUCUGCCAUUUCGAGAAGGAUUUCGAAGAAUCCAACAAAUGGGGAUAUAACAGUACAAAAUGACAUGCGACAGGGUGCAAUGGUUGAUCAGCUCGGAACGCGACGCAGAAACUGGAUCUCGAGGUGAUCGUUUUCUGAAUCUGAUAAAUGGAAGAAAGGGAUGACAAUGACCAGAAAAGUUUUCGUCAUCGACGUGACAAAUAGAGCGGGAAGAAAAUUUCGAAUCACUGUCGUCGUUCGAUCGACCUUUAUCUCGGUAUCGAAGGCAAGAUCGGUAUCCAGUUCAUCGAGAUAACGGGGUUAGGUUGUAAUUGUUUCUUAACGUCGACGAACAAUUCUUCCAGUGACUACGAGUGCAAUGGAUUAUGACAUCGACGAUUUGUUAUACGAU